CACCGUCAGGAACCAUGCGCACCAUCCUCUACGGAAAAAAGGCAGCUGCUCUCUACACCCAGGCUGGUGACUACCAGAAGACUGCCCGCUUCUACUACAAGAAGGCAGAGGAUACCUACUACCAGGCCAACAACUGGGCUUCCUACGAUGACUGGCGCCGUGCUCGCGACCAGUGGGACUACUUCUACUCCCGCAAUCGGUAAGCGACAACGUUUAUCGGGGACAAGGGGGGCUGCAUGGUUCGGUAUCAGUAUUGAGAGUCUCGAGAGUUGAGAGACUGGGGGAUUGUUUCAAGUCAAAAUUAGUCUGUGCACUUGUGCAACACUGGAGCCAUCUUUCAAAGCUUUUGUUUGAUUACAUCAGGAUGUUAACAUUAAAGAUGAUCUCCGAUUUUAUCUG